ACUACCAAUAAAAAAUGUUAAGUUUUUUCUCUAUUUGUCCUUGUUUGGAAAGGAGUCCCCCAUUCUAUCCGAUGCAAUACAGCAGAUCCCCUCCUACACUUCAUCAGCACAAACAGCACAUUUACUCCAGGGUUUUUUUUCUAGCAAUAUCAUUGUUAUCAAUAGAGAUCUGUCUCCCAAGCACAAUAUUGACAGCCCACAUGUCUGUUACAAUGAACACAACUAAAAGCAGAGUAUAUAGCUAACAAGAGAACAUAAAUAAUGUGCUAAUAUCACCCUGGCUGCCCAUAUUCAUCCACUCCCCCAUCUAGCUCCCAGCACAACCCACAGACACCGACUCCGUGGAGCACAAGGAUUAGCAAAGAAUAUGUUGAUGAGAAAGAGAUGAGCUCACAUCAGAGGGCGUCCUGUUCCUCAGCUCCAGCCGUAUCCUUCACCAUGAUGCCGUCCCUUCACCCAUCUCGGCCAGUGACUUCCAAACUCCCAAAACUGGGGAAGCCGGUUCUUGCAGAGAAUAAUCGACCCAACAAGGUGAGACAGAGGCUGAACAGCAAUCAACAGUUAUGUGGACCUGACAGGGGACUGAAGUAUAUCUUUCUCUUUGUAAAGACAGCAGAGCUGUGAUUGGCUACCCCUAGAUCCUACUGUUUCUCUGGGCUUGGACCGUUAGGAGUGCCCAUUAGUCAACUGUAAGAGACACGAAGCAGAGAGUUACUAUGGGGACCUCCAAUAAAAUGUCUUUUUGAAAGUGGACAGUACUUCAUAGCUCACGUGUGGAAGUCGCUUCCUCUAGCAAGGUUAUCCCUCACUGCCCCGCCCACAGCAAUCAGACAGAGAAGCACAGGCACAAGUAACAGAGAUCAACUUGCAGCCGAUAAGCAUUAGGUCCUCUUUUACUUUUUGCUGUGGCAAAAUGAGUUUGGAAGCUGCACUUAUUCUGGAAGCUGCAAAUUUUGCUGCAGAGAAGCACAAACAACAGAGAAGAAAGGACCCAGAGAAAACCCCAUAUAUUAACCACCCAUUAGGUGUCGCAAGAAUACUGUCUCACGAGGCUGAAAUAACAGAUACAGCAGUGCUCCAGGCAGCUCUGCUUCACGACACUGUAGAAGACACUAACACUACUUUUGCAGAAAUUGAGUUGCAUUUUGGACAAGAUGUACGUAACAUAGUAGAGGAAGUGACAGAUGAUAAGACUCUACCAAAGAUGGAAAGAAAGAAGCAGCAAAUUGCACACGCACCUCACUGCAGCCACAAAGCCAAGCUAGUGAAACUAGCAGACAAGUUAUACAACCUGCGAGACUUGAAACGCUGCACACCAGAAGGCUGGUCAGAAGAGAGAGUCCAAGAAUAUUUUCAAUGGGCAUCUGAAGUGGUGAGAGGAAUACGAGGUACAAAUUCCAUUCUGGAGGCAAAACUAGACCACUUGUUUAUAGAUCAAGGCAUUGCAGUCUAAUCCACGUUAUAUCUCCAGUUUGGAAAUGAUGGACUUGUUAAACUUUAAAUACACUGCUACACUGACGUUGGCUGGCAAUGGAUUUGGGAGUUGUAGUUUAUCUACAGCUGGAAGACUAUGAGGCAUCAAUCCUUAAUUUAAAGAUUUAAUUUCUACUUAUUAUAUAUUUUUUAAAGUGCAAAUGUAACCACUCUUGUAUUGUACAUUUUUAUUUUGGGGACAUUUAAUUGAUUGCAGAGCUGUUUACCUGGACAUUCACAGUGUUUUGUAUGCUAGGAAAUCUUAGUUCUGAUUGGGAAAUUAUUGUUCUUGUUUGGUUAAAAACUGUGUACUAAUUACAUAGAAGAUAUUACAUUUUAUGUUACAUUUCUCAAAAUGCAAGUUGAUGGAAUUAAUCUUCUCUUCUGUUUUACUCAUUUUUAAAGAUCACUUUAUUGGUUUGGAAGUUGGGUUAUAAAACAAAUUUAGGAUAAUAAUUUAAACAUUUUCUGUGGAGCUGGUUCUACAUUUAAAGGACUUAAUUCAGAGGUUCCACAAUUAAAUCAGUAGCUUUACAGGUGAAGGCAGUCACCCAACCACAACUGCUAUAGUUAUUUUGCAUAAAAUAAUCGUCUUUUUGAAAGUCCACUCCCACCCCUACACUGAUCUCCACGUCCACCAUGUUUAGUAAUGUCACUUCCAUCUAUGGCAAGAAGGUCAAUGUGGGGAAAUAUGCAGCAAUGCCCACUGGUCCCCCCUUUUAUUUGCUUUAGCCAUAGAAAUGACCUGUAAGCGGCCAAGUAAAAUGCUUAAGCUGAAGUCAUUGCUGUGUGCUAUUAAAGGGAUGUUAUACCCAAAUUUCUAUCAAAACAUGCUGUAAGGGGGAACGUGGACAGACCUAAAAUCAUUGUUGCCCCUGAUAAAUAUGCACCGGAGGCAUUGUUCUAUUCAUGCUUCAUGGUAAAUAAAACACCCUGAUGCUA